AUGCGACGAUUACAAGGAUCUGGUUUACGUAUUUCUUUUUUUAUAUUUUUUGCCCGUUUGUUUUUAUUAUUUGAUUUAGAAAUACUUUUACAUCGCGGGCCAGAACCGCCCAAGCUCAAAACGCAGAAUGUUCCAAAAAUGACCGCCUUGUUUCGACAGAGAACGAAAAGCAUGAUUAUUCGAAAAGGGCACGAAUUAGAUGCACCGAUAACUUCAGCAGAGCUCUAUGCUUUGUUUUCAACAAUUGUGAAGCAAGCGUCGAGGCAACCGCUUGUGGACUCCGUCGAGGUGCGUAUGAUGGUAGUAUAUUCGCGAUGGGUGCAGAUCGUUACCGCAAAAACGACGCGAUUCUAUAUUACAUCAAUCGUCGAAGGGUGGGAUAAUAUUGCAAAUCAAAUGGAGAUUUAUCAGACACCAUGGUUUAAUUUCAUGACCAUUCUGGGCCAGCAAUGUAUAUUACUUGCUGUAUUCGAGUCAACUAGGAUGCAAACUCCUGAUACUAAGGGACGAACCCCCCUCAGAGAUAUGGCACCAAGAGAACAAAACUUAAAGCACAAGCUCCCAACCGCCGAGAUGUGUGGUAGCAAGAAGAAGAAGAUAAAGCACAAACCGGAUGGUACCAAGGAUACAUUGCCGAUUUUUUAA